AAAAGAGAUCUUCUCAUAAAAAAAAUACUAGAAUACUUUGACCAAAGCCUUGAAUCUUGAUUACCACACUUAAACUUCCACCAAAAAUCUUCAUCGCACAAACUUUCGGUUUGGAGGGUUGGUUGCUUAUAAAAUACGGAAGAUUUUAGCUCUAGCACUGCUAGAGCAACUUUGAUCUAGUAGCUUCCUGUCCAUUUAUUUAGGGUGUUUGUGACGUCACUAAGCUAAAGGAUAAUCAUGGUUAACUUUUUUUUUUGGUUUGUGAGUGAGUCUUUUACUGCCGUGUUUUAGCCUCUGUAUUCUAAGAAAACUCGAUACUUCUGAUGUUCACCCUGGUUUUGGAUUAGUAUUAUAUUUUGGCGCGAGUAUAUUGUUUUUGCCGCCAGAAAAAUUAUAUCCCUCUAAAUUCGUGGAAUCCUGAAAUCUAUCAAAUUAUUAGGCUUUUGAACGACAUCAUGUUUGAAAAAAAAUUUGAUCUGGAAAUUCUUCUUUUGCUACUGAAUUAUUGAAGGUACUAGAUUAAUCCAUUUGAAUUGUAGAAACUAUAAAUCUUCAAGACAUCUCAUAACCUUAACAGGUGAUGGUGGUUCUUGAAACUCUCUCCCUACAGAAACAUGAUAACAUGUCUAUGGAAAAUAAUUUUUCUAUAUAUCAAGGCUCGAUACAUGGUAUUAACAAAGAAGUGCCAGAAAUUGGUAUGAAAUUUGAUUCAGGAGAAUUGGCGUAUGAUUAUUAUAAUCGUCAUGCUAGAAACAUCGGGUUUAGUAUACGAAAAGAUUCAACUACUUAGCGCAAAGAUAAAACUAUUUCUAGAAGAGUUCUAGUAUGUUUAAAUGAAGGAAAGUAUCGACAACAUCCAAGGGAAUCUCCUCUGAAACGACGCUUGCAUGCACGAACAGGUUGCGACGCAAAGUUGGUUAUUAAACUUCAGAAUGAUGAUUCAAAAUACUCAAUAGUAAAAUUUGUGGAAAAACACAAUCAUGUGCUUACACGUUCAGAUCAAGUGCAUAUGCUGAGAUCACAAUGGAAAAUAGAGAGUUCUCAAGCAAGAUUAAUUGAAAAUAUGCACUAUGCGGGUAUAAGUCAAAAAAUAUCUUUGCAUACUCAAGUUUUGAAUCGGGAGGAUAUGAAAAUCUGAACUUCACUCAAAUGGAUUGAAAUAAUCAUAUACAAAGAAGAAGGCAACAAGAUGUCUUAAGGAAAGGUGAUUCCGAACAUUUGCUAAAGUACUUUCAAGAAAUGCAAAAAGAUAAUACAUAUUUAUUUUAUACAAUUGAAAUGGGUGCGACUAGUCAGUUGUGCAAUUGUUUCUGGAGCGAUGCUAAAUGUAGGAUGGACUACAGUUUCUUUGGUGAUGUGUUGGUGUUUGACACAACAUCUGGAACAAAUGAAUAUGAUAAACCGUUUGCACCUUUUUCGGGGGUCAAUAAUCAUGGCCAAACAACUCUUUUUGGAUGCGCUUUAUUAUUAGACGAGAGCACGGACUCAUUUGUGUGGUUGUUCAAGACAUUUCUGAAUGCAAUGAACGGGAAACAUCCGCAGACAAUUUUCACCGACCAAGCAACGCCUAUCAUGAAUGCAAUUAAACAAGUGUUCCAGGUACUCAUCAUCGGCUUUGUCUUUGGCAUAUUUUCCAACUGGCUGCGAAACAUCUAUCCCAUAUAUUUGUAGGUUCUGAAUUUUUUGCCAAAGAUUUCAAGAGGUGUAUAUAUGAAAAUGAAACCGAGGAAGAAUUCGAACCAACGUGGAAAUCCUUCCUUGAAAAAUACAAGCUGACAGAGAAUAAAAGGUUGCAAACUUCAUAUAAGAAAAAAGAGAAGUGGGCUCAGGUAUAUGGUCGAGUACACUUUCUAAAUUUGAUUCUAGAAAUUAUUGAUCAGGAUGGAUAUACACCUACAAGGUAACAUCGUUUAAAUUUUCAUCUGCCCGUACUGUUACAUUUAACUCCUCAGACAAUUCCUUUCAAUGUAGUUGUAAGCAUUUUCAGUUUAUGGGAAUGAUAUGUGCCCACUCUAUGAAGAUAUUGCACACCCACCAAGUCUAUGAUCUCCCAUCACAAUAUUUUCUAAGUCGCUGGACAACAGAUGCAAAAAAUGGUGUUGGUAUUGAAGAGCCUAAUAAGCCAAUUCAAGACAACAAUGGAUCAUCUACUCUCAUGUAUAGUGACUUGGCACGUACGGCUUUGUCUUUAGCCAUGAAAGGUACAAGCACCGAAACAUCUAGUGCUUUUACUAAGAAGUUGUUGACAGGAGUACUAGGGGAGUUGGAUAAUUUUCUGAAAUCAACUCCAGAUGAUCAAACAAAAAAGAUUGUCAGUAUUUCAAAAGAGAACAAUGAAAACUUGGGUCAAAAAAGUAUCCAGCUUCCGAUGGGUGCUAACAUAACACUGCGAGCCCCUCUACGAGUAAAAAAUAAAAAAAGAAGACUGGAAGAAUCAAGUCACCAAUGGAGAAAGGUAAAGUGAAACGUAGGCGAAAAUUAGCAAUGAGGAAGGAAAAGCCAGCAAAGAAACUCAAAGAAACCCAGUCGGCAGGAAAGAAAUCCAUCAAGACUAAAAGAGUGACAGGGAAAAGAAAAAGAAAUGCUCAGCACGAGCCGACAAUGGAGAAAGAAAUAACAAAGAAAAAAACUACCCAAAUCAAAAUGGUAACAAAUGAUGGAAAAACAAAAAAGACCAAAAAUGCAGAUGUAGAAGAAGUCCCACUUUCCGGUUCCAUGCCAUCGAGUGCUUUGGAGGUUGAUAAAAAUGGCGUUGGUGCUUCAUUACUGGGCAGUUCAAAUCUGCAGCAACGUUCUACGCCGUUGAUCCCUUACUACUGUCCACAACUUCACGUAGAGUAUAAGAGACAUGAUGUAAAGCUGGAGCUGUAUUGUGUGGGAGAUGUUUUCGCACACGAUGAUCUAAUACUUUAUGGAUGGCUUUGUAGACUUGAUUUGGAUCCAGAAUUCUAGACUUCUUUUGUAAAUGUGAUUAUUUUUUUGUGGACUUGAUUUGGAUCCGAUGCAAAAGUUUUCUGUUUUUUGGGUUGGUAAGCUUUACUUAUACAGUUUGAGUAGAAAACGCAUUCAAACUUUCCAAGAUUUUUACUUA